CCUCUACGCAAAACACAACAACCCGAUAGAGAUUUUGACAUUCGGGGCUGGGUUAAAGUUAAAUUUAUUUUCGUUUUCCAGAAUACGACAUUAUAGAUUGUAAUAUAGUUUCGAAAUCGCCGUGAAAAUGUUGAGCCUAAUGAACAGAUUAUUGGACUGGUUCCGCAGUCUGUUUUGGAAGGAAGAAAUGGAACUGACACUCGUCGGACUCCAAUAUUCAGGCAAAACUACUUUUGUUAAUGUUAUAGCGAGUGGACAGUUCAGUGAAGACAUGAUUCCAACAGUUGGUUUUAAUAUGAGGAAGAUCACAAAGGGGAAUGUUACCAUUAAAGUUUGGGAUAUUGGAGGACAGCCAAGAUUCCGAUCCAUGUGGGAACGGUAUUGCAGGGGUGUCAAUGCCAUUGUGUACAUGGUGGAUGCUGCUGAUCCUGAUAAGAUUGAAGCUUCACGAAAUGAGCUGCACAAUCUAUUGGACAAACCACAACUAUCAGGAAUUCCAGUGUUGGUUUUAGGCAACAAGAGGGACAAACCACAAGCUUUAGACGAAAAUGGCCUUAUUGAAAGAAUGAAUCUCUCAGCGAUACAAGACCGCGAGAUCUGCUGCUACUCGAUCUCGUGCAAGGAGAAGGACAACAUCGACAUAACGUUGCAGUGGUUGAUCGCCCAUUCCAAAUCGGGCAUGCGUUAAGUGUGCGGUAUCGAAAACGGGGGCGGCGGGACUAGUAAUAUUUUUCAAAGUCUGUGUCAAAGUAAACACCAUUCGACCAUUUUCAAAAAUCAAUUGUUACGAUCUUGAAGGAAUCCGUUUUGUAUUCGCACCCGGCAACGUUUUCGUUCCUGUGAUUAUAUAAUAAUAUUGCUGGUUAUUUUCUUUUGUGCACAGUAGUGGCUAAUUAACUUGUAUUAAUUUUUCGUUAUUGAACAAGGCUGUGUCUCUAUAUUGAAAUUAGUUUCUUCAAGACUAAUAGUAAAAUUAAUACGGACUGUACAGAAUGUGGUUACUUUGGGAUUACCCGAUUUUAAUUUCAAAUCGCGCGCCGAUGUAUAUUCAAACAGGACCAGUUUUUUUACUUUGAAUUAUGCAGGGUUGAAUAACAAUUAAAAUUAAUCAUUGAUCGUGAACUGAUGCGUGGUUUGAAAUUGAAUCGGGGGUCAAAACACAAAAUAAUUUAACUGAUUGAUUACUGUAAAUGUGCUGAAUUUGUAAAGUUAUAUAAAAGACGGUAACGUUGUAAUUUAAGGACUUUUACCACCUAGUCGUGAGGCUUUUUUUAGAUUAGUUACAUUUUAAUCAGUUUAUAGUGCGAUAAAUACAUAAAAGUUGUUAAAUUGAAAUUGUCAUUCACCGAAUUUUUUAAUUUUUUCAGUCAAUAUUUUUACAGUAUGUUCAAUUUGACAUUUAAACACUAAAUACAUAGAUUAGUAUCAAGUUAAGAGUAAAUAGCAGAAAAAUAUUAUUUAAAAAAGUAUAUAUUGUGGUGUAUGUUUAGUUUACAAUCUAAUUAAUUUAUAAUUAUUUGUACAAAGUGAGAUUUUUAUAUUAUUAUUAUUAUUAUUAUAUUGUGUUGUAUAUUAUUUUUUAUAAAUACUUUGGUAUCUAUAUAUAUAUAUAUGUGUUUGUAUACACAUAAUAUUGUUUAUGCACAGCAAAUUAUUAUGACGUUCAAAAAUUUACUAUACGAACGUUUUAAUAAUUUGUUGAAUCUCCUCAGUUUUAUACAGACAAAAAUGUAAAGCUUUAUCUCAAAGAAUAAUAAAAUCUAAUCAAUUUAAUCAA